CAUGAGGAUCAUAGCCUGCUCCUUGCUCAUUGCUUCACUAAUCCCAACUGUCAUCGGGUUAAAGUCGAAUAGAACUUCAUGCUUCCACUACGUGUCUUGUCUGGAAGCUACCGAAGCUAACCUGAAGCAAUGUGCAGGAGGAACGGCGAUUUCUCUUACCUUGGAAGCCAAGGAUGUAAAUAUUAGGGAUCUUGUCAAGUAUCGUGCUUUGGAGUUUGUAGGGUGUCAAGAUCGACUGCUCAAGGAAGUCGUCGACUUUGAAUCCCUGCAGAUCCUCGUUAACGAAGAUGCUCGCGAGUGCUUCGAGAAGCUCCCAGAAAGCUCGAAGCGCGUCGAAGAGUUCACCGACUCUUGCGACUACGUCCAACCAGUCAGCCGCAACGCCUCCAAAGGAGAUGCUCUGCAAUGCUUGAUCGAGUUCAAACAGGACCGCGAAUACUGUGAGAGCCUCCUCGAGUGCUGCCCAGAUCACACAAGAUGCGGGGAGAGAAUGAAUGCGGUUUCCCUAUCCUACCAGAACGCUCGUGUCAAGGCUGAACAGAUCGUGUACAGUAUGAUCUCGUGCAUCGUGGUGAAUGAUCCAAGAUUCUUGAGAGAAGGAGCUCGUCUUCAGUCCCUUCGUGACCCAUACCGUAAUGCUGGUGUCCCAUUCCUUCGCCCGGAUGCUUAUACCGAGGCUAGAAUCACUAGAAGACUCGCUCUUACCUCCACUGCUACCCUAUCCCAAAGACGAGAGAGAUUCUUGAAGAAGUACUCACAGAUUAGACAAGUUGUCGCUCAGAACUUGUUCGGUCAGCAGCAAAGGCUGACUCGUCCAGUUGAGGAUCUUGUCACCGAGACUUCAUCCAAGUUGGCAGUUGAGGAGGCUCCAGAGGAAACUACAACUCAGGAAGAGACCACUACCGAUGCUUCAGAAGUUACUACUACAAAGGCUGUCGAAGAAGCUACUGAAGAAGUUACCGAGGAGGCCACUGAAGCCACUGAAGCCCCAGUCGCAACUACAAAGGAAUCCUCCGAGAUGCAUGUGAACACGAUCCGCAACAUGAUCCGCAGUGCUUCUGAGAAAGAUCUUUCCAAGUAUGUCACUUUGAUCUCCGAGGGAAAGUUCAGCGAGCUAUUCGAGCUCGCCGAGCAGAAGAAGCUGACAUUGACAUCCAAGUUCGAUGAGAAGCUCUCUAGCAAGAUGGCCAAGCUGAAGGAUCUUAUCAAUGAGGCUUUGUCAGAGAAGGAAAAGAGUGGAGAGAUCGAGCAGGCGAUGGAAAAGUUCGAGAAGCCUGAGAAGUCAGAAUUGGUGGCUAUGGAGGACAAGGAUACCCCAGCUGUAUUCACUAUUUCCGACUCGUUGAAGCACAAGAAGGCAGAAGCCAAGCUGGCUCACACGAUUGUUUCUAGAAAUGUUGUUGAAGCUGAGAAUGCCAUUGAGAAGGAGGUGGUUGAGCCGAAAGCUGAAGAGAAGAAGGUGAAGGAAGAGGAUGUGAAGGCUGUUGCCGAAGAAAAGAAGGAGGAGAAGAAGCCAGGAAAGCUCCCGAUGAAGAUCGAGAAGCUCGAGAAGCCAGUUGACACCAAAUCAGAGAACCAUGAGCUCAAGAAGGUUUUGGAUGACAAGGAGAGAGCUUUGUUGGUCGAAUCGGAAAUCAAGAACACUGCAGAAGAGACGAAGCCGAAGGUGGAGUCCUUCAAGUCCGAGGAGACUACCGUAGCAAUCGAUGAUAUGCCAGCUCUUGAGAAGGAAGAGUCUGCGGAGAAGAAGGAGACUACCGGAGAGCCAACGACUACCGAAGCGGCCGUGGAGACCACGGAAGCAUCAGAGACACCGAAGCCAGAAGCCAAACCAGAACUCCUGAGCAACUUGGAAGACGUGCUCACUCUCACCACACCGGAAACCGAGACAAUCGAGGGAAGUGGAGAACGAGAGGAACCAACUACUUCCGCUCCAGCAGCAGAAGCCACCUCCGAAAUAACCCUUCUCAAGUCGUCAUCCGACGUUGCCGUGAUCGAGAACGUCAAGAGAAUCCGCCCAAGAACCGAGCAAACUCACUGCCAACAAUACGCGUCGUGCUGGCAAACUGUGUUGGACUACGAGCAGCAAUGCGACAGGAAGUACUCGACCGAGGUGUUGAGCCACGGAAUCGACGACAGCGAGAUCUUGAACAUCCUCCACAAUAGCUCGAUUUCCCAUCAUGAGAUUGUUCUGAAGGCUUGCCUGCGUCCAUUGGAUAGAUCAGUUCAUUCCACACUCAAACAACUGCUCGUAAUCCAACGCGGAGUCCGCAAAGCCUGCCUCGAGCUCGGACGCAACAAGAUCGCCGUCACCGACUCCGAAGAAGCCCUCUGCAAUACCGAGAUCCCUAGCACUGCCGCCAUCGACGAGUUCAUCUCCUCCGAGCACGUCCGUUCCCAGUCCAACCAUCUGACGUGUCGCGCCAAGUUGGAGCCAAUCCGCGAGACUUGCUCAAUCGUUAGAAACUGCUGCGCUUCCGUCGACACUUGCGACAACUACAUCAGCUCAUCGCCGGUGAAGAAGCUGGAGACCGAGGCGAUUCGUCGUCUCGUGAAGAAGCAAAACGACUGUGAGACGAAGAUGUUGCAGACGUUGAGCUACAUCCAUGAGCAACUGUCGAAUCCAUCGAGAAGACGCCGGUUCUAUUACCAUUAAGCUUGUGAUCCUAGAAUCUAGUUGUUACUGCUUCCUUACGAGUUCUCAUACUUCAUAUGCAAUAUGUCUGACUAACCAUCUACUAAUAAGUGAAUAAAUAUGUAUUUAAAAUU